AUGGGCUCGAAAUACCAGCCGAAACGCAAGAGCACGGCGCCGCAAACACCCAGCGAUCCAGACGUGGAAUGGGAAAACCAUCUUCUUCUCAGAGUUCCCACCGAAUUUGCUGAUCGGGUGCGAAGAUUUUGCACCGAAGCGACCCCAGAGGAACAACUACACAUCAAUUUCCAUCCGGAACUCAGGAAAGGGAUCCUUCAGAUUGGCCGGGAUGUUCUGCACUUCACAAUUUAUGAUCUGCCCUGUAUCAUUGAGGUAGGACACCGUUUUUUGGUAUUUUUAUCUCAUUUUUUUGAGAUUUUUAUGAUUUAUAUUGCUUAAUUAGGAAGCUAAGAGCCUAAUGACUUCGUAUUUUAGGUGAUGAAGACGCUGGACAACGUGAAUGUUUAUAAAGUUGCCGAUCUCGCGCAGAUUUUGAUCUGCUCCAAGACCCCCGUUGAUGAACCCAAUUUCACCGAAUUUAAUAGUCCCGAUCCAACCAAAAACGAGUCGAUUGUCAAGCAGAAGAAAGAGAAGUUCUAUCAGUAUCCGCAUGGUGUGGCCCCAUCGCUGAAGAACGUCAGAAAACGGAGGUUUCGAAAGACAAAGAAGAAGAAGUACAUGGAUGCGCCGGAGAUCGAAAAAGAGGUGAAACGACUGCUAAGGUGGGUUGAAAAAGCUGUAAAAAGAUUUAUGGAAAGUAGAGGCGUUUUUACUAUGAAGGAUUUUAUCCAAAUUUGGCUUCAGAUCCGAUCUCGAAGCCGAAUCCGUCCGCUGGGAAGUGGUCAAUGUUGAGCAAGAAAUUCGACCUCAAGGAAGCCAGAAAAAUCCGAGCGUUGGCACCUCGGACAAACCAUCUGAUACCAAAGAACCUUCCGACAACGCCCCGUCGACCUCUGCCACUCAGCAGGGUACUACAACAUCAGAUAAGCCACCACAAUUUGAUGACGAAGAUAGUCAAUUGCCUCCGGAACAGGUCGUCCCUGAUGACGAAGACCUGGAAGACACGGAUGACGACGAUGAAGCACUUCAGAAUGCCAUGAAACGGACUACAAUCGAACCGCAAGACGAGGACACCAUGGACGCUCCACCUCAACCAAUCGACGAUAUUAUUGGCGAAUUGUCCACCAGUAGUGACGAAAAUGAAGAAGAGGAGGAAUAA